AUGAACGCGAGCGCCUCCCCGCUCAACGAGUCCCAGGUAGUGGCCGCGGCGGCCGAGCGAGCAGCGACCGCGGGUGGCGCGCAGGACACCGGCGAAUGGGGGUCCCCUGCCACGGCGGCGCUGGGGGGCGGCGGCGGCGGGACUAACGCUUCCCUAGAGCUGUCCUCGCAGCUGCCCGUCGGGGCUCCGGGGCUGCUGCUGUCGGCGGUGAAUCCGUGGGACGUGCUCCUGUGCGUGUCCGGGACCGUGAUCGCCGGCGAGAACGCGCUGGUCGUGGCGCUCAUCGCUUCCACGCCGGCGCUGCGCACGCCCAUGUUCGUGCUGGUGGGCAGUCUGGCCACGGCGGACCUGCUGGCGGGCUGCGGGCUCAUCCUGCACUUCGUGUUCCGGUACGUGGUGCCCUCCGAGACGCUGAGUCUGCUCACGGUGGGUUUCCUCGUGGCCUCCUUCGCGGCCUCGGUCGGCAGCUUACUGGCCAUCACGGUGGACCGCUACCUGUCGCUCUACCACGCGCUCACCUACUAUUCGCGCCGGACCCUGCAGGGCGUGCAUCUCCUCCUCGCCACCACCUGGACCCUGUCCCUGGGCCUCGGGCUGUUGCCCGUGCUGGGCUGGAACUGCCUGUCCGAGCGCGCCUCCUGCAGCGUGGUGCGCCCACUGGCACGCAGCCACAUGGCGCUGCUCUCCGCCGCCUUCUUUGUGGUCUUCGGCACCAUGCUGCACCUGUGUGUACGCAUCUGCCAGGUGGUUUGGCGCCACGCGCACCAGAUCGCGCUGCAACAGCACUGCCUGGCGCCGCCGCACCUCGCUGCCACUCGCAAAGGGGUGGGCACGCUGGCAGUAGUGCUGGGCACCUUUGGCGCCAGCUGGCUGCCCUUUGCCAUCUACUGCGUGGUGGGCAGUCCCGAGGACCCGGCAGUCUACACCUAUGCCACCUUGCUGCCUGCCACUUACAACUCCAUGAUAAAUCCUAUCAUCUAUGCAUUCCGCAACCAGGAGAUCCAGCGGGCCUUGUGGCUUCUGUUCUGUGGCUGUUUCCAGUCCAAAGUGCCCUUUCGCUCUAGGUCCCCCAGUGAGGUCUGAAGGCUCAACCCUCUCUCACCAC